CCUCAGUCUUUUCCACCGUUAACUGCCACUCUCUCUGAAUCAUCCUCUUCAACAAGACGGUCUUAUGCAAAAGUUACUAUGACACCAAAAAGAAAAAAGGUAAACGUGAUUGAGAAAACAGGCUACGAUAUAUUAGCACAUAAAGGAGUUCUGCUUCCUCAACCGACCAGAUUAGUAUCUCAAUCAUCAGUAUAUCAAUAUACUCAAGAAAAGGUCACACCAAACACAAAAUUAGACUCUCAACCCUCAGUAUAUCAAUGUACUCAAGAUAAUGCACGAAGAAAGAUGAGAAUAAUUAAAAAAUCUUGAAGGACGUACAUUUUUCUAUUUUUUUGUAACAUAAGUUAUAAUUCUGAUGAAACAUUAUUAUCAGAUUGCUUAUACCCUUGUGAUAGAUAAUAUGAAGAUAAGUUUGUUACUCCGCAUAAUUUCUUUAUAAUUCUUAUUCAAGUGGUGAUUUUUAGUAUAUAUAUAUACUUGGCAAAAACACAUAAGGUAUCAUUCAUUUUGUUGUUCUAUCUAGAAAAAUCAAAAUGAAAUUAUUCAUUAUCUUCGCUGCAGCUCUUUUGGCAGUUACUGCCCUUCCGGCCCAGCAACACUGGACCUCGUUCAAGGCCAAACAUGGAAAAUCGUACGCAAGUCUGGAAGAAGAACGUGCCCGUUUCCAAAUUUUCCAAGACAACGUUCAAAAAGUAAAUACACACAACGCCCGCUAUGAAGCCGGACUUGAGACCUACACCAUGGCAGUCAACAAAUUCGCUGAUUUGACCCCCAAAGAAUUUGGAGCCAUGCUCAGACGCAAUAACGGUCCAAUUCCCAGAAUGACCUUGACUUCUCAUGUUCAGAGCGAUACUGCUCCAGAAGCUAUGGACUGGAGGGAAAGGAAAGCUGUUUUGGCAGUCAAGGAUCAAGGAUAUUGCGGAUCCUGCUGGGCUUUUAGUACCACUGGUGCAUUAGAAGGACAGAACGCGAUUAAAAACAACGUAACAGUGCCACUCAGUGAACAACAAUUGGUUGACUGUGACAAAGAGUAUAAUGAAGGUUGUAAUGGUGGUGACAUGCUGACCGCUUUUGAAUACGUCAUUAAACACGGUCUUAAUAGCGAAGAUGAAUACCCAUACGAAGCUGAAGAUGGAAAAUGCAGAGCCAAAAGCGGUUCUGUCGUUCAAGUUAAGGAAGGCGUAUCUGUUGAAGCUACCGAAUCUGCCCUUAGGGAUGCUGUUGGUACCGUUGGACCGGUCUCUAUAGCCAUAUACGCUGAUCCCUUCCAAUUAUACAAUGAUGGUAUCUUCGAUAAAACCACGUGCUACAACGAUAGAGACUUAUUAGACCAUGGUGUUCUUGUUGUAGCAUACGGAACCGAAAACGGCACACAAUACUGGGACGUUAAAAACUCAUGGGGUGAGGACUGGGGUAUGAACGGUUACUUGAGAGUGGCCAGAAAUAAAAAGAUGUGUGGUAUUGGCCUUUACAAUGCAUACCCAGUCUUGGCUUGAUUUAUUAAUUAAAUUUUAAUAAUUUUGUAAACCAUAAAAUCUUGAUAAAUAUAUAAGUUAUUAUUACUAAAUUU